AUUUGCGAUUCCCUGAUCCGAAUUCUCUUAUACGUUCUCAGUUGCAACAUCAUCGUCUUCUUCUUCGAUGGCAAGAUCCCUAGCUCAAACCCUAACCCUAGCUUAUCUCGGACGUACUGUCUCCACCAAAUCCCUCUCCCCCUCGUCUCGUCUCCUUCCUCACCGAACCCAAUCCAAUCAGUCCUCUUCUGAUGUCGGUGACCUCGAUUCCUCUUCCAACGCCGAUCCUCUGAUUCGCAAACUUGAGGAUGCCAUCCACUGCAUCAUUGUUCGCCGAUCUGCGCCUGAUUGGCUCCCCUUUCUCCCCGGUUCCUCUUAUUGGGUCCCACCGCCUCGCUCCGCAUCCAACGGUCUUGCCCAAUUGCUCGACAAGUUAGCUAAUCCCAUCACUGAGGAGGAAUCUAUGUCCAUCACCACUGUUCGUGGUUGGCCCUCUUCCUCCUAUUUCAUUCAAGGUGGUGCUCCCCAUCCAGUGGAGAUGGAAACAACAUCCAAUUUUGAUUCUCAAUCUGAGGACGAAGAGGGGUGAACACGGGCUCCUAUCCACUUGCAUCUGAGGCUCACCGAGACAUGUAAAUUUAUGUGGUGUGAUGGUGUGGCGACCAUCUCUUGGCAGGAGGGGCUGUAAAGAUGCAACUUUGUUCGCAAGCAGAAAUAAUAAUUGCUAGUUCGUAUUCACUGAGGAAACUUGCUAUAUAACCCCCACUUGUAUAAUUGUAGAGAUAUUUACCUUGGAAUGCAAUGUAAAUUAUUAUCAAGUUCAGUAUUAUGGUUUAUUCUGAUUCUUUGGAUAGACUAUUCUGUUCUCUGCAACUAAUGAGUAAUCUAGUGUAGAACUAAUCAGUAAAAUCUCGAGCUGUUUUUUGAACCA